AUGCGGAAACAUCAACAACACAUAGAAGAUGUUUUGGAAGCAAGGGGAAUUCCUUUUGAAAAGAUUGAUAUAUCCGACCCAAAUAAUGAAGAGAAGAAGACUUUCAUGCGUGAGAACAGUAAAUCUGAGUCUGGAAAAACACCACUUCCACCACAGUUGUUUUAUGAAGAAGAGUAUUUAGGGGACUAUGACAAAUUCCUGGAAGCCCUUGAGGAUGAAAGAAUCGACGCUUUCUUGAAACAAGCGCCAAGACCAGGGGUGAGUAGUGGCGGAGGCAAUGAGGAGGAGGAGGAAGAAGUUAUUAAGGAAGAUGAAGAAAAACUGAAGGCUGACGAAGGUGAAAAGGAGUCCCCUGAGAAAGACAUCACCAUUGAAGAGGCAGCUGAACAGGAUGCCAAGAAAGCAGAAAAUGGCGCUGAAAAGGAAGAUAAAGCUAGUGAAAAAGCCGAAGAGAAGAAAGAAGAUGAUAAAAAGGAAGAGGCUAAAGAGGAGAAAAAAGAAGAUUCUAAAGAUGUAACAAAGGCUGAUAGUCCUGAACCUGCAGCUGAUAAACCUCUUGUGUUUAAGAGGAAAACGAGCUUUGAAGAGGUAGAUGAAGACGCUGACCCAUGGGCAGAUAUUGGUGGUAAUGAAAAGAAGGAAGAAGAGGUAAAAGCUCCAGAAGAGGAAGAAAAAGAUAAGCCUUUAGUCUUCAGAAGAAAGAAAAGUUACGAUGAAGUUGAUGAAGAUGCUGACCCAUGGGCUGACAUUGGUGGUGGUGAUAAUGAAAAGAAAACUGAAGAGAUAAAAGAUCAAAACAAAGACGAAACUGAUUCGAAAAAAGAAGAUGAUUCUUCUAAACAAGAAGAUGAUGCUUCCAAGAAAGAGGAUAAAGAUACUAAGAAAGAGGAUGAUGGUAUUGAUCUGAAAAAGCCGCUGCUGUUUAAAAGACAGAAGGACUACGAUGAAGAUGAGGAGGCUGAUCCAUGGGCUGACCUUGGUGGUGGCGAUGAUGACAAGAAGGAUUCUGAAGAGAAAGAGGAGGGUAAAGGGUAAGUCGGACGACUAGAGACACGUUGCAUGAAGCUGCUCAGAUACCAGUUUGGCCUCAAAGAUAUACACUUGCAGCCUUUCUGACCCCUGGUUGCCCUGGAAAUCGAAAUAUGUAGAUAAAGAUUUUCUUAGCACCUUGAAGAAUGUAACUCUUCAGUGUCCAAGAGGCAUUUCCAGGUUUCUUCGAGACAUCACACAAUAAUAUAACAGCUUAAGCUAAAUGUAAUGGCUUGUAAAUUUGUAUUUUACUUUAAGAUAUUAAUGUAGGUGUUUUAUAUGACAGCCAAUAUAUGAAUGAUUUUUCUUUUUCAAAUAAAUUUGUCAACUUUCAUAGGUUUCAUAUAUAUUUUGCCCAAUGUGUAAAAAAAGCUACUGUUAAAGCUUAUUGUUGAAGCUGCCAUAACUAUAUUUACUAAUUUAUAACUUUAACUUCUCUGUGUAACAUUUACCCAUCCUAUUUCUAUAGAAAUUGUGUUUGCAAUAAUGGCUUUUAUAAUGGUUGUUUAACAAAAUUUAUCUCUACUUUAAAUUAAUUUAAUCUGUUUAUAGCAAUUAUAGUGUCUUCCACUUGAGACAGAAACAAUUACAAGUCUAUGUUCGUAAUUUUCUGGUUGAUUUUUAAUUCUAGAAAAAUAUAAGAGUUUUGUUAAUGCAAGCCUGUCACAAUUCACAAACAAUACUCUUCUGAGAAUAAUUUAACAUUAAACUCUGAUGAUUUUUAUCAAAAAUAUUUCUUUAAUAAAUCUUGGACUUAUAUAUUUAACAUCUAUUAUUUUUCUAGUCUUUGUAUAUGUAAAGUUCUUCUGCUAGAUAAAUUUUGGUUUAAAUAAUGAAGCUCAUUAGUCACGACCACUUACAGUUGCAUUGUCCCCCUUAUCAAGGGCAAAUACACUGCUGUUGUCAGGCAUGUUUUUAUAAGUAUACUCAUAUUUAUACUUUUUAUGUUUCCUAGGGAUUCAGUCAGAAUAAAAAAAUGGCAGGGGGGGGGGCUCAAAAAGGGCAGGCUUACCUCUUUUGUGAAAAUUUUAGUGGUAAACCUUUAUGUUGUAAGUGACUUAAUUUGCUGUUGGCACUUUGGUUCUUAUAUUCAAUCAUUCUUUCAGCAUAUACAUGUGUUCCAUUAGGUAUGUCCUUUAUUAUACCCCCAUAUAAAUAUAGGCUAUAUAGGAGUCACUCUGUGGGUCGGUCUGUCCCGAAAUCUUGUCCGGGCAAUAAUUAUGUUGUUCAUUUAGAGAUUUUAAAAUCAUUUGGCACAUUUGUUCACCAUCAUUAGACGGUGUGUCGCACGAAAGAAUUACGUCAAUAUCUCAAAGGUCAAGGUCACCCUUUGAGUUCAAAGGUCAAAAAUGGUCAUAAAUGAGCUUGUCCGAGCCAUAACUUCUUCAUUUAUUGUGAGAUUUUAAAAUCAUUUGGCACAUUUGCUCACCAUAAUUGUACGGUGUGUGGCGCCCAAAAGAAUUACGUCGAUACCUCCAAGGUCAAGGUCACAAUUUGUGUUUUGUGAAGACAGCCUGCAAAAUAGUCUGUGUCAUUGCGGCAAGUGGGGGUAUACGUUUAUGUCUGUGACAAAGAUCUAGUUUAAAAUGAUUUGAUGUUAAUAAGUAAUACUGCAUGGUAUUCAUCCACAUCCAAUGAAAACAAGUUUGGUGUGCCUGUCUAUAUUACAACAUUGAUAAAUGAAAAAGGGAAAAAAGGGUUAGACACAUUUUUUAAAUGGUGUUGCAUAAAAGGUCAAGGGGACCUCCCUGCCAUUCUGCUUUAGCUUAAUCCCUAAUGUAACCUGUAUAUUUUCAUACAUAUGCUUAUUUUAGUUAUUUUAUAAGAAAUCAUCUUGCCUUAAUGAUUUGCAUGUAUGCGUUAUGCUUGGUUCUGUGUAUUAUUUUUAUUCUGAACAAAAUAUUAUUUGU